GCCAAUCCAUUCAAUCAAAUCUAAAGAUCAACAUAUGCCAAAACAUUAAACUGAGGGCCUGCACUGCAUCUCCAAAAUUAGUUCCUCUAUCCACAACCCCACUUUCUUUUUAGAUUCCAAAUUCCUCCUCACCCAUUUUCCCAUCUCUGAAAUAGUCUCCCCAACAGCUACAAUACAUCAACUCAAUCAACAAACUCAAAUAAAACAGAUCAAACCUAUGAAAUUUGGGAAAGAAUUCACCACCCAUCUAGAGGAAACCCUCCCUGAAUGGAGGGAUAAGUUUCUUUGCUAUAAACCUCUCAAGAAACUCCUUAAACGCUUCCCUUCAGCCUCUACUGCCGCCUUUGACCCGCCACCUCUUCCCGCCGAUGAUGACGAUCGCCACACUGCUUCAAACGGCUCCUUGGUUAUUCUCCAAGAAUGGUUCAUUCGAAUUUUGAGUGAAGAGCUUGACAAGUUUAAUGAUUUCUAUGUUGAUAAAGAGGAAGAAUUUAUUAUCCGUUUUCAGGAGCUGAAGGGAAGAAUCGAGAGUCUAAAAGAACAGAGUAGCAAGAAUGGCGUUUUUACAUCAGAUAGUGAAUUUAGCGAAGAGAUGAUGGACAUUCGUAAAGACUUGGUUACCAUUCACGGCGAGAUGGUGCUUCUAAAAAAUUAUAGCUCCUUAAACUUUGCAGGGCUAGUUAAAAUUCUGAAAAAAUAUGAUAAACGAACGGGAGAGUUGCUAUGUCUACCGUUUAGCCAGCUUGCUCUUCGUCAGCCUUUCUUCACAACUGAACCACUAAGUAGGCUAGUCCGUGAAUGCGAGGCAAACCUAGAGCUCCUGUUUCCGCUGCAGGCAGAAGUCAUAGAAGCUACUAGUUCUACAAAAAAGCAACCAAAUCUACCAAUAAACAACCAGGCAAGUAUAGCGCCUGAGAGAUCGCCAACUCUUGGCGAUGGUACUAUGGAUAUAUAUCGCAGCACCCUUGCUGCGAUGAAAGCUAUACGAGGCCUUCAGAAAGCAAGCUCCACCUACAGUCCUCUGUCGUUUUCAUCUCUGUUCAAGAACCAGGAUGAUGAAAGUAAUGGUGCUGUAACAGCUGAAAACUCGGCUUCAAACUCUUCCGACAUGCUACAUAAUGGAGACGAAUCCGAUCAAGAGUACUCAAAAUCUGUGUGAUGGCAAACAUAUACAUACAUGUAACUCAGAGUUUUCCACGACUCAGCUUCAUCUUCUUUCUUUUGUGAAUCAAAGAGUUAUCAAACUGUAAAGCUGCAUAAUAUGUUUCCUGACAAAUAUUGUUGAUUUGUGGUUACAGAAGUUACAGUUGUGUUUCUUGGCUUGAGAUAACUUUUAUCAGAAUCACAUCAAUAUUUCAGUUAA